CCCACGGGUGGCUGAGGUUCUGAACGAGUGAGUGUUAAUUUGUUUGGCUGUGAAAAUGUCGAAAGCAGAAGGUAAGCUGUAAUUUGUUACAUUCUUACAUUUAUUCUAUAUCAUUCGUUUCACUAAACUCGAUUCUACAAUGUUAACCCUUUAAAAGCUUAGUCCAUCCUUCAAUUUUGACGUAAAUUCGUCGAAUAGUAUUUAUUCUAGAGCGAAAGAAGCAUAGUUUACAUUAUAUUAUCCAUCGUGUUUAAGUAGGUCUCAAAAGGACACGGCUCGAUAUCACAGUGCUAUGUCAGGCAUCAAUUAAUCACUAACUAUUAAUUGCUACAUUUCAGGCCCACCGCCAGUCCAACCCAGACCUUCCGUGUCGAAACGACCGUCCUUUAACACGGGCUCAGCCCCACAGAUACAGUCUAGACCGAAACAGGUACUAUGCCGUUUCAUUUCAUGUUUAAGUUAACAAAUUAACGCUUUUGCAUUUAAUCGCUGUCAGACAGAAUCAAAACAAACGGGUCAGAAUAUCAAUCGCUAUAUAAUACCUCGCUGCGCUUAUUUGUUGUUUAGCGUUACGACAACCGCCGAAUUGUUUGGGAGAUCUACCCUGUUUUAUAAAUCGAUAUUGCUUCAGAGUUGUGCUCUUUGCCAUUUACGUAUUCUGAAGUUAAGAGUGUCGCGCGCAGCGAAAGUGUUUAUCCUCAACAAUCAUGUUUAUUUUGUUAACCUCCGUGAGUUCUUAGUGAAAAGGUAUGACACUAUAAUGGUUUAAAUCAUCAGUUCAAACUCGGAAUUUCACCAUCUGUACAUUUUGAAGCGGCUGGAAUAUCAUGAAGCAUGAUAACAAAGUGAUAUUGAAAUUUAUCCUGUUCAAAACAAACUAGGAUUGUCUCAAAUGUCGGUCCGAUCCAGCGUUAGGAAGUGUUUUACCAGACCUCUGAAAUGAGUGCUCAACUGACCCAUGGUUUGUGUCUGAGCAACCUAAAAAGAGAUAUCUAGAACGUGGGGGUUUAGUGUAGGUAGUAUUCUACAAUAAGCUGCCUUGGUUUAUGUCUGAACUACCUCAUCGAGAAUGAUAUCUCAAACGUGCACGAGGUUCAGUGACGGCUGUAUUCUUACAAGCUUCCGUGGUUUGUCGUCUGAACUGUCUGAAAAAGAUACUUGAACGUGGUGGGGGCCAGUGCAGGAGCUUUUAAACCAAUACGUUACCAUGGUUUGUAUACGAACUACCUAAAAAUUUGAGGUUCCUUCGAGUGGUGCUUAUUUUCAUCAGAUAGUUCAAACACAAGCCAAAAAUUACACUGUUUCAUAAUGCUUUAUAGCGUGGCCACAGACAGUACGUACUAUAGUCUUCCAAAUUAUCACAAGAUUAGCCUAUAAUACAGUAAUAGGAGUGUAUAGAGUAGAGUCUUCGAGCAUAUAGUGCUGAUAAAAUUUAAGGUUUCAAUUGCAAGUAUAUACCGGCAUAAUUUAGCCUGCAUGUAACCCCAGUGAGACAAUCCAAAACAAACUAAACUCUCUUCAAAAAGCUUCGGUGGUCCACUCUCGAUUCAAUAGACAAUAUAGCUCGGUUUUUCUAAGUAUUUAAAAAUGAUUAAUUGGAGUGUAAAUAUUCAAAGAUAUACACAGUACAGUAUAUGUCUAUGAUCAUCAUGAGAACAACUGGCUCUCGCAUAGAUAAUUAUGGACUGAGUAAUAAUAAUAAUAUUAGCGUCUUUGUUUGAAAGUAUAAGCAAUGUUAUUGUAUAUCUUUGUGAGUGACCUUUGCGAUAUUAAUAUAAACGGAAAUGCAUAAGUUCCGUCAUGCGUGUCCUGGCACGCUAGAUAGAAAUGUCAGAUCAAUCAUAACUUUGCUUUUAAUGGAAACUCUAUGUAAAUAUUUUCUUUUUUCGAGUUGAUAAUUGUUCCAUUUUAUUUACUCGGCGAUAUGGAUAAAAACUGCUUGAACACUUUGAUAUUUUAAGCAAAAACCCUUUGUAUCAUCUAGGCCGAUGUAAUAUAAUCAUUCAGCAAUCUCAUGACCAUGGAAUAUGACGUACGGGAUUAUUGACCGAUUUUUCACUAUAAAGGAAAUUUGUUCGCACGAAACGAAUCGGAAAGCUAAUUUGAGAAUACUACCUACACUGGACCACCACGUUUGAGAUAGUUCCAGGUAGUUUAGUCGGUAAAGUUUAGACACGAAGGUCACAAACCACGGCAGCUUAUUCUAGAACUACCUGCACUGGACCAUAUACUAAAACUGUCUGUACCAGUGUAGGUAGUACCAAUGUAGAAAUGCUGAGUGGUUAUAUUACUACCUUAAAAAAUAAGCAGAAACUCGACGUUUCGAGCGAAGGCCCUCCCAACUCUUGGCGAAGGGCCUUCGCUCGAAACGUCGAGUUUCUGCUUAUUUUUUAAGUUAAGGUAGUAAUAUAACCACUCAGCACUGCACUGGACCACCAUAUUUGAGAUAUAUUUUUCAGGUAGUUCAGACACAAACCACGGCAGUUUAUUGUAGAAUAGUACCUACACUGGACCACCACGUUUGAGAUAUCUUUUUCAGGUAGUUCAAACACAAACUACGACAUCUUAUUGUAGAAUACUACCUACACUGGACCACCACGUUUGAGAUAUCUUUUUCAGGUAGUUCAGACACAAACCACGUUAUCUUAAGCUACGUUUACACGCUGCGAUUUAUCGGGACGAUUUUGGUAAAUAAUCGAUGCCCUUUCUUCGACAUUUAGCGAUUUAAACGUUCAAUUGAAGCUGUCAAGUAGUUCCAAAGAAGAUUCCCGUUCUUUCAAGAAUACGGUCAUGCCCAAAGCACAUCAGAUUAUUCUAGAAUAUUACCAACACCCUAUACUUAUAAAGUACUAUAAAUAUAAUAGUGGAAAAACUAUACUUCGUGUCACAGUAGUAAGGUCGUUCGCUUGAAAUGUCGAUGAAAGUUUAGUCUACAGCUCAAUAUUACGCCGAAUCCGUUUGAACAUCAUCUGCAAUAAUCUGUACAUUGUACAACCAAAAAUCAUAAGAUCGCCUGAUGUCCUUACUUGACGUUUACUAUGCUUUCUUGUUCAUCCCGCUUUGCAUUUUAAAACGGCUUAAAGCCCUCCAAGACCGGCGUCCAAAAAUGAACUGCAGCCGUCAAAUAUGAAACGUAAGCCUCGCGGAUGGAUAAAUGGCUUUCUAUGCAAUCCAUGAAAUCCAACAGACGGUUAAAGUUCUUUGUAUGUUUGCAUGGCGAUAAAAUAUAAUAGUUUUGUUUGUGGAAACACCAGACGACUUCACUUUUUAUUAGACGGUUAAAGGUUGUCUUACGAAUAUAUUUGUUGGCUAUUGUUGCCGUAACAAUUUGAGCACGGUUUCCAAAUUGCCUGCUCGCAGACGCUUGUAUAUCACAUAUGAUAUGACAUAUCACAUAUCAAAUAUAAUAUACAAGCGUCUGCGAGCAGGCUAUAGGUUUCUAAACGGAGUGAGAUGAAAACGGAACGCUUGGCGGCUUCGUGUGAACACAAACGCCGUUACUUUUUUUGUACAGCUUGCAAACGAAACAUCUCAGGUCUCAAAACAGUAAAUUCGAAUGCUUUUCGUUUAAAUUUCUCUGAUGUAGUGUGAACACACCUACUGUAAAUUCUGCUGGCAUUAUUUCGCUAUUAUAAUGUAAUGUUGUCUUAAGAGUAUACAGUUUCAUAUGUGUGUGUACCGUGCGAAAAACAUUAAAAUCGUAAUGCCCCACCGUUGACACCAAUUCAAACAUUCAGACACAUAUUAUACCUUGACGUUAUCAAUACUAACAUCUUUGAUAGGAAACUCCAUAUCUUGGGUUUGCAAAUCUUCCCAAUCAAGUCCACAGAAAAUCCGUGAAGAAAGGAUUCGAGUUCACACUGAUGAUAAUAGGUAAAUAAUUGAGCCGAUUUAUCAAUUUCAUUUCGACAAAUCAGUUCUACACACGCAAAAUCUCACAUCUUGUAGCAAGUCUGCCAACAAGCCGUCGACAAGUUGUGUUCGCACUGCUUGUUCCAAGUUUUCAACAAGUUUGGAACAAGCUGUUAACAACUUGCACAUAACAAGUUUGAUGGCAGUAUCAGACUUGUCGCAAGGUUGUUCCAACAAGUCCGAUACAGUCAUAUGAUAUAACAAUACUGUUACAACCUUGUGUCGUCAACCUUGUAACGACUGUAACAUUCUUGUUAUAUCAUGACUGUAUCAGACUUGUUAGAACAACCUUGUAACAAGUCUGAUAAUGCCACCAAGUUUGUUACAAGUUGUUGACAGCUUGUUCCAAACUUGUUACAACAACGGGGAACAAGCAGUGCGAACACAACUUGUCGAUAGAUUUGUAACAACUUGUUUGCAGACUUGUAACAACUUGUGCAUUCUUACAUGCGUAUAGUAGGCCUAUAAAUCUCAGCUACUGUAGCAUUACCUAGGGUAUACAAGAUAUGACCCACUAAUUAUACUAAUUCAUGCAUAUUUGUUAAACCUUAGGUGAAUCAGGUCUUGGCAAAUCAACAUUAGUCCACAGUUUGUUUAUGACAGAUCUUUAUGAAUCCCGACACAAGCCGACCGCGUCAGGUAUAAACGACACGAAUUUCCUUUCCAUUUUAAAAUAAUAUUGAGAAACUUAUUUAAUAACCAAUUUUCGACAGUAUUUAAUAACACAUGAAAAUAUAAAGCUUUGGGAAACCAAGAAACAUUACUACAGGAACAACUGCUUUUUGCCAUUGUGGGCAAGGCAGGAAACACUUUUAUCUCGUACUCGUAGCCAUGUUUCAUGAAAGUGCAUGGGCAAACCAGGAAAUAUUGUUUCCUAGACAUGUUUCCAGAAUGUGGGCGAACAACGUUGGAAAUAUUGCUUCCUAGCCAUGUUUCACUGAAGAUGGAGAAACUAAGAAACAUUGUCAAAUCAAAUCAUAAAUCAUUGUUUCCUAUUGUUAAGUUUCCAGAAUGCGGGAAAACUAAGAAACACUGUUUACUAGUCAAGUUUCCAGAAUGUGGACAAACGAGCAAACAUUAUUUCCUAGCCAUAUCUCCAGAAGGCGGGCAAAUUAAGAAAUUAACACUGUUUACUAGCCAAGUUCCCAUAAGGCCGACAAACUAGGAAACGUUGUUUCUGAGCCAUCAGCCAUCUUUCAUGAAGGUGGGAAAACUAGGAAACAUUGUUUCCUAGCCAUGUUGCCCAAAGGGGUAGAAGCAAGGAAUCAUUGUUUCCUAGCCAUGUUUCCCAAAAGUGGCCAAACAUUGUUUCCCAGUCAUUUUUCCCGAUGGUGGACAAAUUACUAGGAAACAUUGUUUUCUAAACCAAGAAACAUUGUUUCCUAGCCAUAUUUUGCGAAGGUGGGCAAGCCGAGAAAUAUUGUUUCCUAACCAUGCUUUCUGGCUACCGGAAAAUUAAUUUCCACUUGCUCUUUUGUAGAAAUGUUGAAGCGUACCAUUCAGAUCGAUACACACAAAGUGGAUAUCGAAGAAAAAGGGAUAAAACUUAAACUAACCGUUGUAGAUACACCUGGCUACGGUGAUGCCAUCGACAAUAGUAACUGGUAUAGUAACGGUUCAUUUGAUUUACCAGGAAUUUAUCAUAAUGAUUUUAAACACAUGAGAGUGCUAUUGAAAAAUUGAGGUGUUAACUGAGAUUUUUAAUGUUACGUAGGGACCGCCCAUUAUUUUUGGCCGGGGGGGGGGCACCGAAGAGAAAUGUUUUUCUUGGUAAAACUUUUGCUGAUCCAACCAUUAAAAAGUCAAAAGAUGUUUUACCCAACCUCAAAUAUCAAUUAAACUAAAUAAAUACCCACUGGCAAAAAAUUUUUACAAAAGGAUACCAUUCAGUUGUCACACAUGUCCUUUACCACUUCUGUGACACGAGUUUCAUAACAGCGCAAUUUUCUGCAGUCUAAAGUUUCAUGUUCUCUGCACAUGUACUUUCUUUGGAGACACCAUUUGCCUCCUGACAAAUCGAAAAAUGAUCAAGAUAGCGACUCUGAUUGUUUGAUUUACAUAUUUUAUUGACACAGGAAUGUUGACAUUGCUUUUUAGUCUUCAAUAUUUGAGUAUGUCAUGCUUUGGAAAUGACAAUAAAUUUUUCACUACCAAACCCUUGAGUUAUAUUGUUCGUUAUCUACCCAACCUUUUACUCAUUCAAAAUUUUGUUUACCCAACACUUUUCUCUUCAGUGCCCCUCCCCCGCAUACAUAAUAACCGAUCUCUUAAAAAGUCACAGUUUCAGAGUCACAGAUGGACGAUCUUGCAAUAACGCCAAGUAAGAAUGGGACAAGUAUUGCUUCUUUGCACGCAUUAGUUACUAUAACCAAAUGAUCCUAUCCGCUAAAAUGCGACGUCUUUUCUAUUUUCUAGCUGGGAACCAAUCGUUGAUUUUGUGGACCAACAGUACGAUAGCUUCUUCCAAGAUGAGUCGGGAUUAAAUCGUAAAAAUAUGUCAGACACGCGAGUUCAUUGCGUACUACAUUUUAUCAAUCCACAGGGACACGGGUAGGUGUCCAGUUUUGGAUUACUAUUUUUAAAAAUAUAUUGCAUUAAAUAGCUGCGAGGUUUGUGGCUAUAAACUACGCCUGUUUUCGGGAUGCACCAUAAAAACACCGAAAGAAUACAGAAACGCGCGAUGGGGAUAAUAUUUCCAGCCUUAUCAUAUGACGAAUCUCUCUCUGUUGCCGAGUUGCAUGCAUGGUCCCUCUAGAAGCACGAAGACAGCAACUAACAGACAAACUAUUCCAGCAAAUUAUUAGCGACCCAAGUCACAAAUUGAACAAACUUUUACCACCUGUAAACGAAUGCCAAAUUAAGCUUAGGAAGAAACGACUUUUUAAAAAUCAACUUUUUAAAACAGACCGAUUUAGGAAUAGUUUUAUAACUCACAAUGCACUGAAAAUGCGUGCCUAGUUAUUGUAGUAGACAAUUAUAGUCAACUUAUACGCACAUUGCCAUUUGGCUCCAAACUUUUAAAUUUUUUAAUAGUUAUUCUAAUCAGUGUUUUAAACUAUAUGUAAUUCUUAGCGUAAUUCAGCUUUUGGCUGCAAUGCUUUGCAAAUAAACCAUCUAUCUCUAUCUAUCUGUAUUGCGGCAAAUCCGGCAACGUUCCUUUUCUAAUCUUAAAUUGUUUCCAUAUUCUUUAGGUUAAAACCGUUGGAUAUAAAAGUGAUGAAAGCGCUACAUCAUAAAGUUAACAUAGUGCCAAUCAUCGCUAAGGCUGACACAUUAACUCUUAACGAAGUAAAAUCACUCAAACAGCGGGUAAUAAAAAGAACAAUGAUGUAAUAGGCUAUACUAUUAAUUGUGAACUGUGCUAAGUGUAGGUAUUGCCAAAAGUAUUAACAAGCUUUCGUUGGUCCCUACUACCUGAAAAAUAUAAGGAGAAUUUCGAUGUUUCGAGAGAAACGGCAGACUUUGCUACAAGAUGGGGGGAGGGGGGAGACCAGUAUCCUUCCUCUUCAAAACGAUAGUAUAGGGCGCUUUCCGUUAACACGGCCAGACCGGUCAGAACGGUCAAAAUGUUGAAUGGAACACAAAACAUCUGGGCUUCGGACCUUUCUGACCGGAAAAUUUAGAUAACAUUAGAAUGAGGUCCAUUUUCGCUAGAUAUUUGAGAAACAUAGACCAGAUCUUUCCAUUGAUACAGAGAAAAGAAUUUGGGAUCUGACCGGUCAGGCCAUUAAAUGGAAAGCGCCCUAUGAACCCUAUACGGUGCACCUGCCCGGGACGAAUGAAUUUCACAGAAUACCUUAAAUUGUUAAAUCAAAUGCUUUAGAUCUUAGACGAGAUUGAUGACCUACAAAUAAACGUGUAUAACUUUCCUGAAUGCGACAGUGAUGAUGAUGAAACAUUCCUGGCGUUAAAUGCCGACCUCAAGGUUUGUCCUAAACAACUAUUUAACUAGACUGUAUGUACUAUUUGAAACUGGAGUGCUUGUGAUAAAGUAGAACAAAGGAAACUAUAAGCAUUAGAAUUAUGUACAAGAGCUUUUCACUUGCAAUUUCUGCCGCGAAUUCUGCUGCGAUUUCUAAUCUACUUUCUUCUUCCGAUGCAUGUGAAUAAGUAGAUGAGUUAUGAAUACUCAGAGAUUCUGUAUACACUAUUACACUCCAUAGGCGUACGGGGCUGAUGCUUUUCGGAAGGUGGGGGCAGUUGAAAGUUUGUCCGAAUUUUCAGUAUGGAGAAUUGUAAUGAAAGCACGCCUGAAUUUCCAUGGUUUUCUAAAAUGUCGGGUUUUUUGGUGUGUGUGGGCGGGGGGGGGGCAAUCGUCCUUGCGCCCUGCCUCGCCUUUGCUCUAAUCUGAAUAUUCAUAAUUCAUCGACUCGCUCACAUUCAUCAGCAGAAGAUCGCACCUAACAUCGCAGCAAAGGUUGCAAAUGAAAACAGGCCUUAAACCUAUAGUUACCUUCGUUCUUUUCUAUGCAUGCUUCUGUAAAGUCAUAGAACAAUAGUAACUAGAGGCAUGCGAGUUAUUUAUAGUUGUGAAUUGGGUACUAAAACAAACGUUAGCGAAAUUUGUCUAUGGAUGAUGAAGCAUGAAUUGGGCCAGUUAUAAAAUUCUUUACAAGAAAUAUUAGUAUACAGGUAAUGUAAUGAUAUGGUUUCAAGUACAAUUUAGAAAAAAAGGUGCACGAGUCAUCACGAGUGUUUCCAAGACGAUCAAAUUGCAAGAGUCAGAAGGUCGAGUGUAAUUUGAAGUCUUUAAAAAACUCGCGAAUUUUUCCAGAUUGCUUCAGAAACCGUACUAUUGCUUAUUAAUGAUAUACUGUGCAUGAAAAAAUUAUGCAGAAGCAAAUGAAUGGAAAAAAUUGGCGUUUGUUCAAAGUUCAAACUAACCAAUUAGAAUACUAGAAUAGUGAUGGAGUAUAUUUUUCAAGUAUAUUUUUAUAAAAGAAAUACGUUGUUUUUAUGACAGGCAAGUGUACCAUUUGCAGUUGUUGGUAGUAACACAGUAAUGGACGUUAAAGGAAAGAAAGUCCGGGGACGAACAUAUCCAUGGGGUGUAAUAGACGGUGGGUACAAAAUAUCGUAUGAUCACAUCGAGCAACCAAUUGAUAAUUGUGUUUCAGAAUCUUUUUGCUUGUUAAAUAACGAAAAUCUUUGUCUUUUUAGUUGAAAAUCCUGAACACUCCGAUUUCACGAAACUUAGAAAUAUGUUAAUCAGGUAUAUGAAUAAGAAUAUAUGAAGAAUAUACGAGUAACAUGCACAUCUUAAGUCUGCGAAUAUAUUUCUAUAUCGCCCCCCCCCCCCAACCCCACUCCAAUUUUUGUUCAAGUCACAGAGCAUAUCAAGAUAUGAUGGUCUGGUCGUCUGGAAACUAAACAGAAGUCAUGUUAUGCUUUUGUCGGAGUUUAUGUUAAUUUGUGCACGCGGUCACGGUGAUUGAGCUCAUUGUAUGUCCAGUAUGGAUAGCUGAGAUGAAACGUGCAACCACGAUGAAUAAUAUUUAAUGAAGUUGAGACAAAGGCUUUGUACACGGUGACGUACAGUUCAACAUCAAACAAAAGUCUUCUAUUUUGUAACUUUACUUGCCAGUGCUUCCAGACCAUCAUAUCUUGAGACUAUGCACAGGAAUACAGUUUGCAAGCAACUUAAGCAUGAUUGUUUGAAAUCAAGCAGUCAAUAGUCACACUUCGGUGGCCAAGUGGUUAGCGCACUUGCCUUUCACCUCUGAGGCCGCAGGUUCAAGCCUCGGUGAGUACUUUCUCAAUGCGACUCGAACCCAGUCCUCGUGUGAAAAGAGUAAAAGUCAACGCUCUGCCGAAAGUCGUGGGUUUUCCCCGGGUACUCCGGUUUCCUCCCACAGGGAAAGUUGACAGGGUGGGUUAAGUAAAAGGGCCCACAGUAAUUGGCAUAUGCUGUUGUGGUGACCCUGCCCUAGUUGGCAAAGCUAGAUAAAUAAAUAAAUAAAUAAAUAUACUUCAAUCACAGUAGACUGAAAAUAUUAUAAAAUUACGUACUAAUUAUGAUUCCAAAGAAGACAAUGACCAAUAAUUCGAUGUCUUCUAGGACACAUAUGCAAGAUCUAAAAGAUGUAACUCAAGAUGUCCAUUAUGAAAACUAUCGCAGCGCACGAAUCGCUAAUGGCGGAGACUUAUCACCUACACUGGAAACGUAAGCUCAAUAUCUCAUCAUAAAUUCGUAGGGGGGAGGAUUUAAUUUGAGAUAUGUAUGUGUGAAGGUGUCAAAUCUUUGCCAAAUUUCACAUACGAUUUAUAUUUUUUUCGGCUUAUAAGCACUAACCCAGUGCUCUAUUUAAAGAGAGGGAUCUCAGUGACGUAACGGAGGAAGAGGGGGCCCUUAGGCAUUGUUUGACUGAUAUAUUAUAUUUAUAUUGAAUAUUUAUAGAAUGUUCUGGAAAAUUUCGUGUCUAUAACAAUAACAGUCUCCAACACAUGUCAUGUAACAACCGAAUAAGAAUAACGUUUGUUUUAUUUGAGGUGGAAUAACAAAAUCAGCUACCGUUGUCGAUGGAGGCUUCAUUAUUUAGCAUUAUUAAUUUUGCACUUUCCCAUCGAUUCUUAACCUGCAUUUUUUUUUACGUUUUCUAAUUUUCUGGGUGAUAGGCCGUGGCUGAUGGGGGCCCCUAGCUGUCGGGGCCCCUUAAUUUUUGAACUAACCCAUUCCAAUGAGCGUUACGCCACUGAGGGAUCUACUAAUGUCCUUAAUAAUAUUCUUUGUUUGUUUUUACAGUAGUUCCCAGAGCAACGGCAGUGAUGCGGAUAUUUCACUUUCUGAGAAAGAUAAACAACUUCGAGAAAAGGAAGCCGAGGUAAAGAGAUGUUCAAUUGAGCUAGUGUCGUUUGUGUUUCACCACGUUCGGCACCUAGUUCUAUAGUUACUAUAUAUUCUCCAUAUUCUUGUUCAAUGUAAUUAUCUAUGUCAGUUAUGUACAAUAUUGUCAAGUUAUCUACGUGCCAAAUUAAAGCUGUCAAAAAUAAAACAAAUAAUUCCCGAUCUCAUUUUUCUUUCGCAGUUGCUUCGUAUGCAAGAGAUGAUCGCGAAAAUGCAAGAGGAAAUGAACAGACAGAAACAGGGACAAUAAACAUUAAACCAGACCAAGAAAUUUCAAAAUCAUGCGUUCUUACGAUUGUCUAUCACAAAAUGUUCUUACAACUUACCUAGCAAGUGUAUAGAGGUUAGAUCAUAGUCUAUCACGGUACGAUGGUCUGAAAAACUAAACAGAAGUCAUCGUUUGAUGUUUUUGUCGGAGUUUAUGUUAAUUUGUGCACGGGCACGGUGAUUGAGCUCAUUGUAUUUUCGUAUAGUCAAGUAAUCGUCCAAUAGGGAUAGCUGAGAUGAAACGUGCACCACGAUGAAUAAUAUUUAAUGAAUGAGUUGAGACAAAUGAUUUGUGCACAGUGAGGUAUAGUCACAGAAUAACGAUCAGUAACAGAAGGGCCACUCAGCGGUGCAAUGUAUCCUCGUUUUUUAUGCAAAAAUAUGCAGUUUACUGGCCAGAAGGCGGAGCAGCCAGCCAGUACAGCGUGUUUAUUGGCCAGGAAAUGUCAUUGACUGGCUAGGAAAAUGGCGGCCAACAUGCGUAAUGUGACAUGCGCGAGGACAGAAACUUCAAAGCUUCCAACGUAAGUGGCCCUUCUGUAAGGAUCUUUAUUCUGUGGUACAGUUCAACAUCAAACAAAGGUCUUCUAUUUUCAGGCUUUGAAGGUUGCCGCGCUUCCAGACCAUCAUAUCUUGACAGACUAUAUAGUUAGACUGAUGCGAUAUUGAAAAGAAUAUCGACUAUACCGAAUUAUGCACAUUAGGAAACGUAGUUUAGUCAACUGGCAUGUAUACCGUAUCACAAGCAGCAAAAACAAAGGUGCAUGAAGGUAGUCAAACAUUAAAAUAUUUAUUUACAACAGUUUAUGAAUGUUUAAGAGGCAAUUUUUUUCGGUGUCGUGUAUUUGCGAUGAAAAGUGUUCAAAACCUAGGAACCUUUUGGCGUUCCUCUCAAAAUUACUUUGUUUUAGCUUUAUUUUGUAGUUUACACAGUCAGCAACCUUUUUAAAUGUAUCUGUGGUUGAGAAACACAACAUAAUAGUUAAAUAUUGUCAAUUUAAAUACAAUUAUCAUUGAUGCUGUAAAAUUGACGUCAUAUUUAUACAGCAACAUAAGCAAAACGUUACUGAACUCCCAGUCAUCAUUUUCUCUUUAGCGUACCAUCUAAAAUCUCUUCAUUUUAGCACAAUUUUACAGAUAAAUUAUUUUCCGGACAAUAAUUGCCGAUAAAAAGAAGAUAAAGUUGUCUAGUAAAAACUUUCGAUAUUUUCGAUAUGCGAAAAAUCGAUUAUCGAUUUUAUUGAAAUAUCGAUGUUUAUCGAAAAUAUCGAUGGUCAUCGAUAUAUCGCAUCAGCCUAAUAUAGAGGUGCCCCAGCGGAUUAAUCGAUCUUGAGAAACUUGACCCUUGAUGCUCACGCAUUCAUAAACUGUUAUGGAAAAUAAAUAGCUAGCUGCAUGCAUGGGAAUAGCAAAACAUAGUGCAAAACUUGUAUACCAGAACUUCACGCAUUUUGUAGUUGUAAAUUUUUAUAUUUAGUUUGGAGAGUUUUCCAAUAAAGGCGAAUAAAAGAAUAUAUCAAAUAAAGUUUUGUGUGAUAGACUUAUG